UGGCUUGAUGUUGAUUCUUCCCGGGAUCUUAAUUCUGGCGAACGUUAAAUACAUUGAUGAGAACGUCAAACCACUGAUGAAAACGUUGUCUUACGGUGAUGUCAACCUCGCUGACGUAGCAGACGGUCUCUCCAUCUCCAUGAUUAUCCUUGGAACCUUCACAGUCCUAGUGGCUGUUCUAGGAUUGUGUGGAGCCUGCAAAUCAAACAAGAAAUGCCUCUGUGUGUACUCUAUAAUUGUACUUACUCUUCUGGUGUUACAACUGGUCGGAGUGGCGCUCUGGGCAGUGGCCAACGAUAAGGUGACCAACUCCAUUAAAAGUGAACUACUCACCAACCUUCAGACGCACUACACAAAAGAGGAUCUAUCAAGCCAUGAAAUUUCUACAGCCUGGAAUUAUCUUUUUAUGAAGCUGUCGUGUUGUGGUGUCAAUGAUAAUCAGAACAUGACAAACGACUUCACAAACCCCCCGUGGAAGGCCUCAUCUGGAUCCAAAAAGAUCCCCAUCUUCUGUUGUACAGGGAUCAACACCAACAACUAUAACCUCAUCACCUUCACAUCCUGCACAGAUCACGUGGAUAAAGGCUUUUACAAUACAGGUUGUUACAGUGCUGUAGAAUCUGCGGUAUCUACCUAUACUUUAUACUUUAUCGCUACCGGAUGUAUCAUACUCGGUGUGGAGAUUGUUGGUCUCGUGUGUGCGUGCUGUUUGUGUAAAAACAUUGGGAAGAAAAAUCAGGAAGUUUCCCCUCGUAAAAAGAAGAAGAAAUGA